AUGACAAUGUUGUUUAAGAAACUCGGUAUUAAUUUAGCUCCACAUAAAACACUUGGCCCUUGUUUCGUAUUAGAAUAUUUGGGAUUAAUUUUGGACACGGUUCGUUUUCAAAUUAUAUUACCAGACGAGAAAAAACUUCGUAUUAUUGAAUCUAUUGAAUCCGUUUUACAUAAACGCAUAAUUAAUAAAAGACAACUUUUUAGCCUUCUUGGACAUCUUCAAUUUGCCGUGCUCGCUAUAUUACCCGGUCGUUGGUUUCUGUCAUGUCUUAUAAAACUUUCUACUUCCGUUAAACAACGAUUUCAUAAUGUGACAGUUAGUCAAGAAUGUAAAAAUGAUCUAAUGAUAUGGUUCAAAUUUCUACAAUCAUGGAAUGGUGUGUCAUUUUUAUGCAACCGUCUUUAA